AUGACGUCGGGGACGAGGCUACCCACGUGGAAGGAGAGAGAGAACAACAAGAGGAGAGAGAGAAGAAGAAGAGCCAUAGCAGCGAAGAUCUUCGCAGGUCUGAGGAUGUAUGGAAACUUCAAACUCCCCAAACACUGCGACAACAACGAAGUCCUCAAAGCCCUUUGCAACGAAGCUGGUUGGACCGUUGAACCCGAUGGAACCACUUACCGUAAGGGAUGCAAGCCUUUAGAGCGCAUGGACAUAGUUGGUGGAUCAUCAGCAGCAAGUCCAUGCUCAUCUUACCAUCCAAGUCCAUGUGCUUCAUACAAUCCAAGCCCUGGCUCAUCUUCCUUCCCAAGCCCAUCCUCAUCCCCUUACACCAACAUUCCCAAUGCUGAUGGCAAUUCCCUCAUUCCAUGGCUCAAAAACCUCUCCACUGCUUCAUCUUCAGCAUCAUCUCCCAAGCUUCCCCAUCUCUACCUCCACAGUGGCUCCAUCAGUGCUCCUGUCACACCUCCUCUGAGCUCUCCAACUGCCAGAACACCACGAAUCAAUGCUGAGUGGGAGGAUCAGUCUGCACGGCCGGGGUGGACUAGACAGCAGCACUACUCCUUCCUGCCAUCUUCUAGUCCUCCAAGCCCCGGCCGCCAGGUUGUUGACCCUGAAUGGUUUGCUGGGAUCAAACUUCCUCAUGCUAAUCCAACCUCACCAACAUUCAGCUUGAUCUCCUCAAACCCUUUUGCUUUCAAGGAAGAUGGUUUGGCAGGCAGUGGUUCGCGAAUGUGGACACCGGCUCACAGUGGAACAUGCUCUCCAGCUGUUGCACCAGGCACUGAUCACAAUGCUGACAUUCCAAUGUCUGAGGCUGUUUCAGAUGAAUUUGCGUUUGGAAGCAACAUGCUGGGGCUUGUGAAGCCAUGGGAAGGAGAAAGAAUCCAUGAGGAAUUUGGAUCAGAUGAUCUCGAACUCACACUCGGUAACUCAAAGACCAGUUAUCUUAAGAGCUGUGCUUCACAGUUGAUGACAGUUAAAUGUGUAAAACCCUUUUACCCUAUAGGAAUGGCAGCAAUUGAAUGUGAUUAUGUGAACAUUGACUUCUGUUGGUUUUGUUCAGUAGAUAUGUGUGGGGUGAUUUGCAACCCAUACAUCACUGUACUUGUUGUUAAACCUUAUGACUGGAAACAUCAGUAUACAUUGUAUGGAUUGGCUUGGUUUGCCACUGAAAGAACUCCACAGAUUGCACCCUAA